AUGGAGAAUCUAUCUGCUCGAAUACAAGAAGAAGUCAGACAAUCUCUGCAAAACAAUGACCUGGCCUCAGCUGCUUCAAAGAUCCGGGGCUUUUUGCGCCAGGAGGAAAGUAUCCCUCUAAAUAUUGCCGUCACAGGAGAGGCUGGCUCUGGUAAAUCCACCUUUGUUAACGCUAUCAGAGGCAUCGAUAAUGGGGAUGAGGGAGCUGCUCCCACUGGUACUGUAGAAACCACCAUGGAGCGAACACCCUACCCCCAUCCUCACUUCCCCAGUAUUACCAUAUGGGAUCUUCCUGGUAUUGGCACCAGGAAAUUCCCAGUUGACAAGUAUCUGGAGCAUGUUGGAUUUGAGAGGUUUGACUUCUUCAUCAUCGUCUCAGCUGAACGCUUCAGAGAAAACGACGUGAGGCUGGCAAAGGAGAUCCAGAAGAUGGGGAAGAAGUUCUAUUAUGUCCGUUCAAAGACUGACCAAGACAUACACAAUGGGAAGAGAAGUCAGAGGGACUUCAAUGAAGCUCAGUUUCUCAGAAGUAUCAGAAAAGACUGCGUUGAAGGUAUGUCAAAUGUUAAAAUGAGAGUACUUAAAAAAACUAAAGAAGACAGUAAGGAGAAACAUGUCUGCCAAGGUGAGAUGAUUUGGCAUAAUAAUCUAAGAUAAAUUGAUUUUCUGUAGUGUAUUUCAUACAGAUUAAUUAAUGAUGAGCUCACACUUGAGGCUCAUUGAUGCUCUACGUUAGACGCACAUAUACAUAUAGAUGAAACACGUCCUCUGCAAGCAUGGGGAUACAGAAAAAAAGUUGUGGUGGCAAGAAAGCCAAUAGUUCAAACCCUAGACCCUGGAAAACUUGAAACAUGUCAAACUGUGAAAACUUGAAGUUCCUGUCCAUGUAUUGUAACAUGUUUACACAGUGUCACAGACCAAUUUCCGUAACACUGGCAGUGAUUCUGCCUUUUAUUAUAUUUGAAACAAGUUUUCUUCCUGUUAAAGGCAAGUUUUCCCUUGCCACAGUCACUCAUGUUGGAUGGGAUGGGUCAAACCUUUUCCAUCUUAAAGAGAUAUUCCGGUUUAAAAUUCAGUCAGGGUCAAAACCGACUGCUUACUUCUCUAUCAUUUCUUCAUGGAAAUGAAACCAGACCGAGACGCUUAGACAGAGGAACUACCGCAUCUGCUGUUAAAAAUGAUUAAUAUGAUGAUUAUUAAUUCAAGGAAAUUAUAACGUAAUGAACAUAAAUGUUCUUCCUUGAGUUGUGUUACUCUGCUGUAGUCUGCAAUGGACUCGUCCGAGGUCUCUGUACAAACAAGCGGCUGCUGGAGGAGAGUGGGUGAGUUGUGUUAAGUCUCUUUGCUGAAGAAACCAGGCAAACCUAAGAAGAUGUUUGAUGGCUUGUACUAUGGCUGGGACCCUAUGUACUGUUGAUGAAGUUAGGUGCUGUUCUGAGCAUUAUUUGUGGCUAUAGAGUGGCUUUUUGGUUGAGGUUUGCACGUGGCUCCAUAGACCACUGUGUAUCGCUAUUGUGUGGUUGUUACUAAAGUUGGUAUAAUGAGAGAAGCAAGCAGUCAGAAACAUUCAUCUCUCGAGGGGGUGUCUAACUUGGUGUUUAGGUGUGUUUGACCCUAAUUUGAUUUUAUGCCGGAAUAUCCCUUUAAGUUUGGGUCCUUGUAAUACAUCAAACAGUGAGCAUGGUCUGGACCUGCUCAUUUGAAAAGUGUCCUGGGAUAAUGACUGUUGUGAUUUGGUGCUUCACAAAAAUAAAUCAAUAAAUUUAAAAAAAAAAAAAAAAAACUGAUUAAAGUUGAACAGCAUAAAUCUCAAUAAACAGGGUAAAGACAUGAAAAAAUUAUGAAACUGUAGAAUAACAAAGAAGAGGUGUAAAACUGUAAACGUAACAGUGUUUAAGUUUUUGACGUACAUCCCAGCAGCCACUCAUGCAUUUUGUUGAUUGUUUUAACAUGUAACAUGUCAACCAAGAGACAACCCAGUAGUGAAUAGUGAAAAGCCUGUCGCCACCUACUUGUGGAAGGUGGACAUGCUCCUGUUAAUAAAUGGAUACUUGCCUUGAACUUGGACAGUCGACCAGUUAAAUCAUCUAAUUGAGCUAUGACUGUAGCUCAACCUUACUCUGCAUUCAAAUACUGAAAACUCUCUGCUGUUUUCAGCUCUUCCAAUGACCCAUUUUGAAUUAUCCCCAUGUCCCUUGUCCCUCUUUUAGGUUGUCCAAAAACCUGCAAAAAUCAUCUGAAAAUUUGAACAAAACAGAACAAUAUUGUUAUUCAUCACAGUAUAAAAGCUAAUCAUUAUGUUUUUGUUUCUUUUUGUGACACAGGUCUUCAGAAAGAAGGUUUCCAGUCCCCUCAGGUCUUCCUGAUAUCCAGCUUUGAGCUCCACCUCUAUGACUUCCCUUUGCUAGAGGAGACGCUGGAGAGAGAACUUCCUCAACACAAGAGGGACACCUUCCUGUUAGCCAUGCCCAAUAUGAGCCAGGAGAUCAUCAACAGGAAGAAGGAGGCUUAUAGUUACAAUAUAAAAUACUAUUCAGCUCUAUCUGCAGCUGCAGGAGGUGUACCAAUACCUGGUCUUGGAGCUGCUGUUGAUACAGGCUUGGUGGCUCAUGUUGUCAAUCAGUAUGUAAUUGGGUUUGGUCUUGACAGACCAUCACUGCAGAGACUGUCUACUCGCACAGGUGUUCCUUUAGAUGAAUUGAUGAAAGUCAUCUCUUCACCACUGGCAGCAGGAGCAGUAACUUCUGAAGUCAUUCUGAAGAUACUUGCUCAAAGUGCUGGUGCAGUUACUUUGAUGGCAGCAAAGGGAGCAGUCAUAUUCAUUCCACUACUUGGGAUCCUGACAUCCAUGGCUCUCUCUUUUACCACAACCUAUAGAGCUCUCAGUUAUUUCCUCCAAGAGCUCGCUGAUGAUGCUCAGAGGGUGUUUAGAAGAGCUCUGGGUUUGAACACCACAGUGUGA